UCCAUGAAAUUUUCAGAUGAAUUCCCCAAUAUCCGUAAUCUAAUCUUAAACAAUCACCUAUUUAUCCAGUUCUGAAAACGGCUAUUGUCUUUAUUGAAAAAUGUGGGUGUUACUGAUAAUUUGUGAAUUUUUCCUGGUCGCAUUCGCUAAGGCAGAUACCUCCUGUCUGCUUAGAGAUUAUGGUGAUAAUAAAAGAGUUUGCGUUUGCAAUUCCGAACAUUGCGAUUAUUAUUUUGUUGAUAUUACACCGGAUAAAGUGGACGUAGUAACCUCAACCCAAGAUGGAGCGAGAUAUAGGAAAACGGUUCAAGAAUUUGAAACCUCAGCAAGUAGCUCAAACCUCAUAAUAAUCAAUAGAAAUAACACAUAUCAGAGUAUCAAUGGAUUUGGAGGAGCCUUGACAGAUUCUGCUGGUAUCAACAUCAUGUCUUUACCCCCAAGAGCCGCUGAUCAUUUGAUGAGGUCCUAUUUCACAGGAAUGGGAUCAAUGUACAGCAUUUGUAGAGUUCCAAUGGGUGGAACAGACUUUUCGACCCACGGUUACUCAUAUAACGAUGGUUCCGAAGACAAAGACUUGGCCAACUUCAAAUUGGCUGAGGAAGAUUUCAAGUACAAGAUACCUCUCAUGAGAAUCGCACGUAAUCUGAGCAUGUACCAAACACAACUCAAGUUCUUCACAUCCACUUGGGUAGCUCCAAAGUGGAUGAAGGAUAACGGAAGAUAUGAAGGAGGCUCCCUCAAAAACGAGCAUUACCAAACAUGGGCCAAAUAUUUCUUGAAAUUUCUGGAGGAGUACAAGAAACAAGGAUUCGAUUUCUGGGGUAUUACUACUGGAAAUGAACCGUUAUUAUCGAAAUUGACGGCAGUCACCAAAAUACCAUCUGUUGGUUGGAAUUCAAGCACUGCUAGUGUUUGGAUAAAGGAUCAUUUAGCACCCACUCUCAGAUCCUCUAAGUUUUCUGAUAUCAAACUGAUGGCUAUAGAUGAUCAGAGAGUAUUCUUUUCUGAUUACUUGACCAAUUUGAUGCAGAAUGAGACGACAAGGAAUUAUGUUGACGGUUUUGCUGUCCACUGGUAUUUAAAUUCGUUUAUUUCUCCUGAAGUUUUAACUGGAGCACAUCAAAGAUUUCCAGAUAAAUUCUUAUUGUCUACGGAAGCCAGUAGUGGUUUCUAUCCUUGGAACAAACACGUUGACUUGGGCUCUUGGGAGAGAGGGGAAAAAUAUGCAAAUGAUAUAAUAGACAACCUCAACAACUGGGUUACUGGCUGGGUGGACUGGAAUAUAGCCUUGGACCUCAAAGGGGGUCCAACUUUCAUAAAGAACUACAUUGAUUCCCCAAUCAUAGUGAACUCCACUGCAGGAGAAUUCUACAAACAACCAAUGUACUACGCUAUAGGCCACUUUUCCAAGUUUAUUCCAGUAGGGUCUGUUAGAAUUGAGGCAGUAUCGAAUUUAAAUUUGCCGAUGGUGGCUUUUACUAGGCCAGGACCAGACAACAAAAUGGUGCUAGUGUUGCUCAACAAGAAUAAAAAUAGUGUAUCUGUUAGUGUGAAGGAUGGUUCUAAAAUCAUUAAUCUGAAUUUGGAGAAGAAAUCCAUCACUACGGUUAUGUACUGACACACAGGAUAUUGAAAAAGAAAAUCUGUAAAUCUAUUCCAAUUGUAAAAAAAAAUCAAUCUGUAAUGAAAUACUUGAAUAUUUGAGUUCUUCUGUUUGUAUCUCAAAGUGAUAGAGUAAAAGACUUCUCAUAGGAAAACAAUUUAUUUAAUUGGACAAUAUACAUAAAACAAUUAAAUUCUAAUAAAUAUGUAUUUUAAAUUAUAAAUAACAUUAUAAAUAAAAAAUGAGAAUUA